ACUUCCCAAACAUGUCUCCAUUUUUCUCUAUUGUGUUUGAAAUGUUGUAUUUAAGAAAAAGUUGAAGUGAGCUGGAUUUUAGGAGGAUAUUGUACAGUAUCUACAGUAUACGACUUUGACACCAGAAUACAGGUGAGCAGUGUUUUCAAGUUAGACAUGAGCCUCAUUGUGUAAAAAGGGUUAAACAAACAGAGCUUGAUAACUCCAUCUUCUUCCUGCUCUCAAAACACAACAAGCUCCACUCAUUUCAUUGUUCCCUCCCCUUCAGAUUUACAGUUUGAUGAUGGGUGUAACCAACAUGUGGUAAGCUGUCAGCUGACAUUUACAGACAGUCAUUGUGACUGAGAGCUGACAUGGCGCAGCAAGGAGCUCAGCUGGACCAAGAAAACUUUUCUUGUUCGAUCUGUUUGGAUCUACUGAAGGAUCCAGUGGCUAUUCCCUGUGGACAUAGCUACUGUAUGAGCUGUAUUAAAAAACACUGGGAAAGAGAGGAUCAGAGGAGGAUCUAUAGCUGCCCUCAGUGCAGACAGACCUUCACACCGAGGCCUGUCCUGAUGAAAAACACCAUGUUAGCAGCUUUAAUGGAGCAGCUGAAGAAGACUGGACUCCAAGCUGCUCCUGCUGAUCUUGGCUGUGCUGAACAUGAAGAUGUGGCCUGUGAUUUCUGUACUGGGAGGAAACUGAAAGCCCUAAAGUCCUGUUUGCAGUGUCUGGCUUCUUAUUGUGAGAAACACCUACAGCCUCAUUAUGAAUCACCUACAUUCAAAAAACACAAGCUGGUCGACCCCUCAGAGAAGCUCCAGGAGAACAUCUGCUCUCGUCAUGAUGAGGUGAUGAAGAUGUUCUGUCGUACUGAUCAGCAGAGUAUCUGUUCUCUCUGCUCUGUGGAUGAACAUAAAGGCCACGACACAGUCUCAGCUGCAGCAGAAAGGACUGAGAGGCAGAGAAAGCUCGAGGUGAGUCGACUAAACAUCCAGCAGAGAAUCCAGGACAGAGAGAAAGAUGUGAAGCUGCUUCAACAGGAGGUGGAGGCCGUCAGUCGCUCUGCUGAUAAAGCAGUGGAGGACAGUGAGAAGAUCUUCACUGAGCUGAUCCGUCUCCUCCAGAAAAGAAGCUCUGAUGUGAAGCAGCAGAUCAGAUCCCAGCAGGAAACUGAAAUGAGUCGAGUCAAAGAGCUUCAGGAGAAGCUGCAGCAGGAGAUCACUGAGCUGAAGAGGAAAGACGCUGAACUGAAGAAGCUCUCACACACAGAGGAUCACAACCAGUUUCUACACAACUACCCCUCAGUGUCACAACUCAGUGAACCUACAGACUCAUCCAGCAUCAACAUCCAUCCUCUCAGAUACUUUGAGGAUGUGACAGCAGCUGUGUCAGAGCUCAGAGAUAAACUACAGGACAUCCUGAAGGAGGAAUGGACAAACAUCUCACUGGCAGUGACUGAAGUGGAUGUUUUACUGUCAGAUACAAAAACAGAGCCCAAGACCAGAGCUGGAUUCUUAAAAUAUUCACGUGAAAUCACUCUAGAUCCAAAUACGGUACACACAGAGUUAUUAUUAUCAUCUGAGGGGAACAGAAAAGUAAAAAGAAUGAGUCAACAACAGUCUUAUUUUAAUCAUCCAGAAAGAUUCAAUAAAUAUUAUCAGGUCCUGAGUAGAGAGAGUCUGACAACACGUUGUUACUGGGAGGUGGAGUGGAGCGGGAGAGGGGUUGGUGUAGCAGUCGCAUACAAGAAUAUCAGCAGAGUUGGAGGCGCAAAUGGAUGUGUAUUUGGAUUAAAUGACAAAUCUGUUAUGUUACUUUGUGACAGUAACACUUACACAUUUUGGUUCAACAACAUCUCAACUCCCGUCUCAGGUCCUGUUUCCUCCAGAGUCGGAGUGUACCUGGAUCACAGAGCAGGUAUUCUCUCCUUCUACAGCAUCUCUGAAACCAUGACUCUCCUCCACAGAGUCCAGACCACAUUCACUCAGCCUCUCUAUGCUGGAGUUAAGCUUAAUUAUGUUGGAGACACAGCUGAGUUUUGUAAACUCAAAUAGACUGAAGUCAUUACAGACAUCAUGUGUCAGAUUCUGUGUCGUAAUUCUUCAUUUUUUGUCUCCAUGUUUCUGA